AUGACUGAAGACUGUGAGAAGAUCAGUCCUGCUGCUAGUGCUGAUAACACAUCAUCCACCUCAACAGAACCAAAGAAAGACGCACCGGAGCAACCAGGCUCCUCCACGAUAGACGUGGUCUCGGUGACAGAAGAAGACCUCCCUACUGUCGAGACCCCCACCAGUCUGAACAUCAGCCCCCUGGGCAGCUUUGUUAUUGAGCCACAGUCAGGGAACUAUUGCACUAAACCCGCAGAUCCCCAACCUCCACCCAGUCCAGCCAUGCCCAUUACCAAAGUGCAGCCAUUUAUGCAUGAAGAUGACAUGGAUAAAAGCUGGAAGAGCAGAAUCUUAGCCCAUCGCUUUGCCGUUCUGAUAUUCGCUGUUUGCUGCAUCCUCGGGGUGGCUGUCCUGCUCAGCGUUGGCCUUGGAUUGGGCCUGAGCUGUUCGGGGAGGUUUCACUGUGGCUCCUCGUCUCAGUGCAUCAACAACAUUUACUUGUGUGACGGAAAACUUCACUGUAAAAAUGGGGAAGACGAGCUUGGCUGUGUGCGUCUGAGUGGCAGAAGUUCAGUCCUGCAGGUUCAGAUCCAGGGAAAAUGGAGGACAGUCUGCUCAGAAGAUUGGAACAACAGGCUGGGCAGAGCUGCCUGCAAGCAGCUUGGAUACUCCAGUUAUUUAGAGUCUUUCUUCAUCUCUCUGACCUACAUUGAGAAGGACCUUCAGAGUGACCUGAUGUCUUUCCACUGGAACAAGUCACAGAUAAUCAAACUUCAGAACGCCCCAUCUAUCAGUAAGACACAGUGCAGCUCAGGGCUGGUGACAACUCUAAAAUGUCUAGACUGUGGUGUCAGGCCUCAGUACAGGACACGUAUUGUUGGAGGUAACAUCUCGAAACAAGGCCAGUUCCCCUGGCAGGUUAGCCUCCAUUUUAGGAAUGAACACCUGUGUGGAGGCUCCAUCAUAUCACCAUACUGGGUCAUCACUGCAGCACAUUGUGUGUAUGGGUUUGUAAACUCCUCCAUGUGGUCAGUCUAUGUGGGACUGACAGAGCAGCCGCUUCACGGGGCCCAGGCUUUGGCUGUUGAGAAAAUCGUAUACCAUAAUCGUUACCGACAAAAAGGACUCGACUAUGACAUCGCACUGAUGAAACUGGCCAAGCCACUUGAAGUUAAUGGCUCUGUGCAGCCCAUCUGCCUGCCCAGCCAUGGAGAGGAGUUUAAGGAGGGCACCUUGUGCUGGAUCUCUGGUUGGGGUGCAACAGAGGAAGAUGGAGACACUAGUGUCGUUCUGCGCUCAGCUGUGGUACCACUUAUCUCCAACCAGAACUGCAACAAACCAGAGGUUUACAAGGGCUUAAUCUCCUCCUGGAUGAUCUGUGCAGGAUACCUGGAUGGUGGAAUUGACUCCUGUCAGGGGGACAGCGGCGGUCCGCUUGCCUGUGAGGACUCGUCUGUGUGGAAGCUAGUUGGAGCAACCAGUUGGGGCAUUGGCUGUGCUCACAUAAACAAGCCGGGCGUUUACACCCGCAUCACGCACGCUCUCAGCUGGAUCCACAAACAGAUGGAGAAAGAAGAGGCUCUGAAAACAGGAAACUGAAUCCCCCACAGUGACUUCUCACCGGACUAUACACAUGUCUCCACAUUUGGCAACAAGUACCUGUAGAGACAAACUGUA